GCCAUUUAUUGCUCUGUUCGCACUCAUCUGUUCACUCGCAAAUCGCAAUUGUACACAUUUUGAGAUAAACUAAUUAAAAAUUUGAAUUCAUUGCGAGCUUGAUGAAUACCUGGAUUUUAACCAUGCAAGCGUUGCUGAUUUCUGCUGGAGCUCUGCUUUUAGGUAUGGCGAUAAAGGCGUCCGUUCCGGCGACGGUGAAUGAAGCUCCGGCGGUGUGGCUGAAACCUCCUUAUUUGUUUGUAAUCGUGAACGGUAUCAUUAUAACGAUUUUUGCGUCGUCGCGAUUCCAGCAGAUUCGAGAUUCGGAGCCGGCGGUUCGAGGCGAUCGCCACCUGAUUUCGGUGCAAACUCCUCCGCCGGAGGAGCUCGCGGCGUUGCCGGUGGAAUCGGAGAUUAAAAACGUCGUGGAGGAGCGGAAGCAGGCGGUUGUGGUCUACGAAAGUGGAGAUCGGAUUGUGGAGCUGAAACCGGUGACGGUUAACGGUUUGAGAGUCGAUAGUAAUGAAAUUGAAGAUGAAUCUGUGGUUGAUUUCGACGACGAUGGUGAAGUUGAGGACGCAUCCAUGGAAGCGAACUCCGCGGUGUCGCCGGAGAGAAUUCCACCGGAGUUUCAGCUGGAGUACUUCCCGACGGCGGAAGAGAAGCCUCCGGUAACUCCCAGAAUCAAUCGCCGGCGACCAAUCCGAACCGCUGCUGAAGGAGCGAUUCCGCCGAAACCGGAGAAGAAUCAGACGCUGGAGAGCGUGUGGAAGAUGAUAACGGAGGCGCGUCACGAUUCCUUCGCAACCAGCGACAGCAACGGCAACUAUUCUCCGCCGACGAGUUCGUCGUUUCAGAAGGAACCGUCGCCGACUGAGGAGGAGCUGAACCGACGAUUCGAGGAUUUUAUCAGAAAGAUCAACGACGAAAUGAGGAUUCAGCGGCAGAAAUCGUUGGAUCAGCACAUGAAGAAGAAGAAGGCGACGACGACAAGCAGCAGUGGAGCCCAAGCUUAAUCCAUUCCAGAGUACUUUGUUUUAGCAAUAUUUUGCUCUGAGGUUUGAUUAUCAUAUUAUUAAUUUUCCUGUUUUGCUUUAAAAAGCUUGAAAAUUUUGGAUUCAAGUUUUUAUGGGGGGGGUGGGGUGUAUUGUAUUUGUAUGCAUACAAACUAACACAAAACGAAAUCUGUAUCUAAAAUUAUAAAAAUAUUUCUUUCUUGUA